CUGAAACGCAAAGGCUUCUGGGGACUGAGGAGAGGGAUGCACUGUUGCCCGGAGCCAUCGCCUGACGCCAGCACUGCCGCAGCUGCCACCACCGGUCCUCCGAUCUACCUGCUUCCUGCUGCCAGAGAAGCGCCAUGGGCUUCUGGAAGUUCUCUCCUUUCCUGAUUCUUAGCAUCUUGGCCAUGUACCAGGUGGGCAUGCUCCAGGCAGCACCAAUCAGGUCUGCUAUGGAGAGUCCUCAGGACCCUGCUAUGCUCAAUGAGGAGGAAUUGUGUCUCCUCCUGACUGCAAUUGUGAAGGACUAUGUGAAGAUGAAGGCCAGUGAGCUGCAGCAGGAGGCCAAGGGUUCCAGCCUGGACAGCUUCCGAAAUAAACGGUGCAGUAAUCUGAGCACCUGUGUGCUGGGCGCAUACACACAGGACCUCAACAAGUUUCACACGUUCCCUCAGACUGCAGUUGGGGUCGGAGCCCCCGGCAAGAAAAGGGUCUUGGCCAGCAACUUGGAGAGAGACCACAACCCUCAUGAUGGCAUGGCUCAGGAUGCCUAUUAA